AGGAGGCGUGCACGGGUGACAGCGGUAGAGAGAGCGCACGGCUGCUGGGGUUGAGAUGGUGGAGAAGACGGCUGCACUAGGAGGAAUUCUUCCGAACUCGACUCACCUGCUCGUAACUGCGAAUCGUGAUUUUAGGCCCAUUGCUGUGGAUGCAACACGCCUGUGUUGUGUUCUGUUGUGCAGCUUCCUUUUGAGCAGGGCUGUGAUGUAAAUCCUACUUCCUUUUCAAAUUGCUGAAGUCGUAACCUUCGUGCCUGUGGCAGCUUCUUGAAUUCCUGUGGUGGAGCAAAGAAAUUAAACGGUCUUUGUUGGCUGGAUAUGAAAUCGGUUGGAUGAGACACUGGCCGCUUCCCACACCGAGGCAACGUCUUCUGUUUCUUUCAGUGAGCGUCUAAAUCAUUAAGAUGCCACCACCGUCGGACAUCGUGAAGGUGGCCAUCGAAUGGCCUGGAGCCUUCCCCAAGUUGAUGGAGAUCGAUCAGAAAAAGCCCCUGGCUUCGAUCAUACGGGAAGUUUGCGAUGGUUGGUCUCUACCGACCCCAGAAACCUAUGCCUUGCAGUACGCGGACAGCAGAAACUUCUACAUUACUGAGAAGAACCGUAAUGAAAUAAAAAAUGGCGCAAUCCUUCGCUUGGCAUCGUCACCAACGCAAGUUGCACAGGCGAUCCAUGAGAGAAUCCAGUCUUCCAGCAUGGAUGCUAAAUUAGAAGCACUGAAAGACUUGGCUAAUCAUUCCCUCGACAUCACCUUUGCCCAGGAGUUCAUUAACCUUGACGGCAUCUCCCUCCUAACGCAGAUGGUGGAAAGUGGAUCUGAACGUUAUCAGAAACUACAGAAGAUUAUGAAGCCCUGCUUCGGGGACAUGUUGUCCUUCACCCUGACUGCUUUUGUUGAGCUUAUGGACCACGGGAUUGUCUCCUGGGACACUUUCUCUGUGGCUUUCAUCAAAAAGGUAGCAAGUUACGUGAACAAAACUGCAACAGAUGUGUCUGUGUUACAACGAUCGCUGGCAAUCCUGGAAUCCAUGGUGUUGAACAGCUACGAUCUUUACCAGAAGGUGGCGCAAGAGAUUACAAUUGGCCAGUUGAUGCCGCAUCUACAAGGGAUCGAUCCUGACAUUCAGACGUACACUAUUGCUGUGAUAAAUGCACUCUUCCUUAAAGCCCCUGACGACAGGAGACAGGAAAUAGCGAAUAUCUUGGCCCAGAAACAGUUGCGUGCCAUUAUUUUAUCUCACGUCAUUCGUGGAAAUCGAAGCAUUCAGACGGAAAUGGCUCACCAGCUGUUUGUCCUCCAAGUGCUGACAUUUAAUCUUUUGGAAGACCGAAUGAUGACAAAGAUGGACCCACAGGAUCAAGCACAAAGAGACAUCAUCUUUGAACUACGGAGGAUUGCGUUCGAUGUAGAACUGGAACCAAGCAACAGCGGCAGCAUUGAGAAACGGAAAUCCAUGUACACCAGGGAUUAUAAAAAACUGGGCUUUAUUAAUCACGUGAAUCCCGCCAUGGAUUUUACGGAGACGCCACCAGGAAUGCUGGCCCUUGACAACAUGCUGUACUUUGCCAAGCAUCAUCAGGAUGCUUACAUCAGGAUCGUACUGGAGAACAGCAGUCGAGAAGAUAAACAUGAGUGCCCAUUUGGUCGAAGCAGCAUUGAACUCACCAGGAUGCUGUGUGAAAUCCUCAAAGUGGGAGAACUACCUAGUGACACCUGCAACGAAUUCCACCCCAUGUUUUUCACCCAUGACCGAUCGUUUGAGGAGUUUUUCUGCAUCUGCAUCCAGCUGCUGAAUAAGACAUGGAAAGAAAUGCGAGCAACGUCAGAAGACUUCAACAAGGUGAUGCAAGUUGUAAAGGAGCAGAUAAUGAGAGCGCUGACCAGCAAGCCUAACUCACUGGACCAGUUCAAGAGCAAACUACAGAACCUGAGUUACACAGAGAUCCUGAAGAUCCGGCAGUCGGAAAGGAUGAACCAGGAGGACUUCCAAUCUCGCCCAAUCCUUGAGCUCAGGGAGAAGAUUCAGCCCGAAAUCCUGGAGUUGGUAAAACAGCAGCGGCUGAACCGACUGUGCGAAGGUACCUGCUUCAGGAAGAUCAGCAAUCGUCGGCGACAAGAUAAAUUCUGGUACUGUCGCCUUUCGCCGAAUCAUAAGGUCCUACACUACGGAGACCUGGAGGAGAGCCCACAGGGAGAGGUGCCGUACGAAUCUUUGCAGGAUAAGCUUCCAGUGGCUGACAUUAAAGCUAUUGUGACAGGAAAGGAAUGCCCACAUAUGAAGGAAAAGGGUGCUCUUAAACAAAAUAAGGAGGUGUUGGAACUUGCCUUCUCUAUCCUAUAUGACCCGGAUGACUCAUUGAAUUUCAUCGCCCCUGACAAGCAUGAGUACUGCGUGUGGACCGAUGGGCUGAAUGCUUUGCUCGGGAAGGAGAUGAUGAGCGAACUGACCAAGAAUGACCUCGACACGCUCCUCAGCAUGGAGAUGAAGCUCCGCCUCCUCGACCUGGAAAAUAUCCAAAUUCCAGAGGCCCCACCGCCCAUCCCCAAGGAACCGAGCAACUACGACUUUGUUUACGACUGUAACUAAACACGGGGACACAGUUAUGAGUAUAAACUGGAAUCAGCAUCACCUGGAAAUGCCUCUCUUUUGUUAUUGCCUCUUGCUACCUAUCGACCUUCCUGCUGCUCUCCAGCCUCUACUAAUGUUUAGCUCAACCAUAUUGUUACCUAAUGAGUCUGCGUCAUUAAAGGGCAAUGAUUUUGUCACAAUAUUAGUCUCCACUGAGAGGGGGAACCAACUCUUUGAUGCGUCCUUCCUGCCACGGCCUUAGUUUCUGGCAGCAUCUUGAGAUUGCCCUUUGCACUCUGUUGCCAGGGUGACAAGGAGGGGGGUGGCAUUGAGGAGGCGAGAUGGAUCAUUAUUUUGUGUAGGAAGGAACUGCAGAUGCUGGUUUAAACCGAAGAUAGACACAGAAAGCUGGAGUUAGUCAGCGGGACAGGCAGCAUCUCUGGAGAGAAAGAAUGGGUGACGUUUCAGGUUGAGAUCCUUCUUCAGACGGACGUCUCGACCCGAAACGGCACUGAUUCCUGUCCCGCUGAGUUACUCCAGAUUUUUGCGUCUAUCUUUGGAUCAUUAUGUUUCUUGAUCUACACAUCAAAAGCAUACAAAUGAUCAGUGUUUUGCGAUUCAAGGCACCCGAAAUCGAUCCAGGUCUGUUAAUAUAUCAAAGUUGCCCUCUCAGAAUAGACCAGCCAGCUGCACACUUCGUUCAGUAGAGAAAGCUUACAUUGUGAUGCCAGUAACAUUGUAGCUCAUUAAUAUGGAUCACACUUAAAAAGGAAAGAUUUAAUUCCCUAUUAAACUAAAACAUAUGGUCAUGGCUUUGAUUCUCUGUUGAGUAAGGCACCUUUAUUGCAUGAGUGUUUUUUUUUGUGAAACAUACCAAACUGCCAGUAUUAUGUCAAAUGUUGUAUUAUUUCAGUGUAAAAGAAUUUACAAGAAAGCAUUUUUUAUAUAUGUUAUAUAUAUGAAAAUGUUUGACCAGUUUUGCCUUGUUGCAUAUAUAUUUUAUGGGAAAUGCACAUCUGGGUAUUGUAAUCGUCCUUUGCCACUUUGUAAUAGCUGAAUAAAUGUCCUUGGAAUCUUGCAGUUUACAAUAAAAGAAACAGAUUUAUUACCAAA